AUGGUUUCUUUCCGUACAAUUCUAAAGUCACUCUACUGUGUCGAACAAGCUGAAGGUGUUGGUGCCAAAGUGAGACGCUCAAUUGGUACCAUGGGCAUGAGAAACUUCUCUCCUUUCCUUAUGUUGGAUCAUUUCAAUGUGAGUCCAGACGCAGGGUUCCCUGAUCACCCCCACAGAGGACAAGAGACAAUCACUCUUGUGAUGAAAGGUCAGUUUUUCCAUGAGGACUUCACUGGAUCUGCUGGUGUUCUGAAUGCUGGUGAUUUGCAAUUCAUGACUGCAGGUAAAGGUAUCUGCCACUCUGAGAUGCCAUACUCCGAGGAUGGUACCAAUGUGGAGGGAAUGCAACUUUGGGUUGACCUUCCAAAAGAUUUGAAGCAUACUAAUCCUCGUUACCGUGACCUGAGAGACGCUGAGAUCCCUGUUGCUGAGCCUAACGAUAAGGUUAAAGUCAAGGUUAUCAGUGGUAAGUCUUAUGGAGUCGAGUCUGUCAAGGAUCUUGCAUACACCCCUAUUGACUACUACAACUACACUGUUCAACCAGGUGGAGAAGUUGUCCAGGAAAUUCCUGCUGAUUACAACGCUUUCCUCUACAUUCUUAAAGGAUCGUUGAACAUUGAAGAUACGAUCAUCCCGCAAUUCAACGCUGUUUUCUUCAAGAGAGACGGUGACGCUAUCAAGGUCUCUGUUCCCGAGGACUCGGAGGAGACCAACUUCGUGAUAAUCGGUGGACAGGUUCUGGACCAACCAAUCAUUCAGCACGGUCCGUUCGUCGAGACCACGAAGGAAGGAAUAUAUGAGGCCUUCAUGGACUACCAAUACGGUCGUAACGGUUUCGAGCGUGCCCGUGGAUGGCACAGCAAAAUAGGUAAGGGCGUUGAUGAAAAACUCUACCGUGUGCUCACCGGCGAGUCUGAGAAAAAUUCGCAACCGCUCAAAGACGAGUUGUAA